GCUUUUGGCUGGCCGUCACAUCGCGAGUCGAAGCCUUCGUCUUAGCCAGUGCCCCCUCCCCCACGCCCCCAAUUCCGAUAUACGCUCUCCCCGCCGCCUCCCGCUUUAUUCCACUGUUGUACGAGGUUAUCCCAACAUUGUUCCAAGGGGGACCGGUUUGUGUACCCGAGGAAGCAGCCAUUGUGCAACUAGUUGCCCAACAUGGCUUCUAAUCGUACAGACCAUACCAAAUCCGAGGCCGAACUGGCCAUCAACAUUCGAAAAGCUACGAACAACGACGAGACCGCCCCGAAGCGAAAGCAUGUGCGCAGCUGCAUCGUCUACACAUGGGACCACAAGUCCUCCCAGUCCUUCUGGGCUGGCAUGAAAGUGCAGCCUAUUCUGGCGGAUGAGGUUCAGACAUUCAAAGCCCUGAUCACAGUGCACAAGGUGUUGCAAGAAGGUCACCCUGUGACUCUUCGGGAGGCCAUGGCGAACCGUGGGUGGAUCGACAGUCUGAACCGCGGUCUCGCCGGCGAGGGCGUUCGAGGAUACGGGCCCCUCAUCCGUGAAUACGUCUAUUUCCUGCUGGCGAAGCUGUCUUUCCACCAACAGCACCCCGAGUUCAACGGCACCUUCGAGUACGAGGAAUACGUCAGCUUGAAGGUCAUCAACGAUCCCAACGAGGGCUACGAGGCCAUCACCGACCUCAUGGCUCUGCAAGACAAGAUCGAGCAGUUCCAGAAGCUCAUCUUCUCCCACUUCCGCAACGUGGGCAACAAUGAGUGCCGCAUCUCAGCUCUGGUGCCUCUGGUUCAGGAGAGUUAUGGUAUUUACAAGUUCAUCACAAGCAUGCUGCGCGCCAUGCAUUCGACCACCGGCGACGAUGGAGCUUUGGAGCCCUUGCGAGAGAGAUACAAUGCCCAGCAUUACCGUCUUGCCAAGUUCUACUACGAGUGCUCGAAUCUGCGAUACCUGACGAGUCUCAUCACUCUCCCGAGAUUGCCGCAAGACCCGCCCAACCUGCUGACCGAGGACGAGGACGGCGCGGGACUGCCCGCAAGACCGAAGCGGGAGAUCGAGAGACAGCCGACGCCUCCUCCGGCGCCCAAGACGGAGGAACCCGACGAGAUUGCUGAGUUCUGGCAGGGUGAGUUGGACCGUCAAAACCGCGAAUACGAGGAGCAACAGCGAGUGCUCCAAGCACAACAGCAGGCUCAGCUUCAGGCUCAACAGCAAGCUCAACUACAGGCUCAACGCGAUUUCGAGGAGCAACAGAGGCAGCUUGCGGAACAGCAGCGCAGAGAGCAAGAAGCUCUGAUGACGCAGCAAGCUCAAUGGCAGACACAAGGACGCUUGGCAGAGCUCGAGCAAGAGAACCUGAACGCGCGAAACCAGUACCAGCAGGAUCAGCUCAUGCUUCAGCAGUACGACCAGCGGGUCAAGGCACUGGAAGGCGAGUUGGGUCAGAUCCAAGGCAGCUUCGGCCAGCAAAUCACAAGCAGGGACGACCAGAUCCGUGCCCUACAAGAGCAAGUAAACACGUGGAGAACCAAGUACGAAGCACUAGCCAAGCUGUACUCGCAGCUCCGUCAUGAACACUUGGACCUUCUACAGAAGUUCAAGUCAGUACAGCUGAAGGCUGCUUCUGCUCAGGAGGCAAUUGACAGGCGCGAGAAGCUCGAGCGCGAGAUCAAGACCAAGAACUUGGAGUUGGCGAAUAUGAUCCGCGAGCGAGACCGCGCUCUGCAUGACAAGGAUCGCCUUAAUGGAAGCAACAAGGAUGAGGUCGAGAAGCUCAGGCGUGAGCUGCGCAUGGCGAAUGACCGGGCCGACAACCUCGAGCGGAGCAAGGGCAACGAGCUCUCGGUCAUGCUGUCCAAGUACAACCGGGAAAUGUCAGAUCUGGAGGAGGCUCUCCGGGCCAAGUCGCGUGCUCUGGACGAGGCACAUUCCAAGCUCGCCAACGGCAGCUCGGACCUUGACGCACUUCUUCGUGAAAAGGAGGAGGAACUCGAGGUCUACAAGGCAGGCAUGGACGAGAUGUUGCUCAAGAUGAACGAGCUCGAGCUCAACCAAGGCGGCGGCGACGAGGCCACAGAUGAAAUGCUGAAGACUUUGGUCGAGGCCAACUUGGACCAGAUCAAGGAGAUCAUUGAUUCUGUCCUGCAAGCAGGUGUGGCCAGAGUGGACGACGCUCUCUACGAGCUCGACUCUUCCAUGCAGGCUGGUAACCAAAAUGCAACGCCUGCCUUCGUUCUGUCGCAGAUUGAGAAGGCUUCAGCCAGUGCUAUGGAGUUUGCGACGCAGUACAACAAUUUCAUCGCAGAUGGCCCCAAUGCUGCCUACUCGGAUUUGAUCAAGGCUAUCAACGUGUUUGCUGGCUCUGCCGCAGACGUAUGCAGUAACACCAAGGGUAUCUUGAGGUUAGCCCCCGAGGAGAAGAAGGGUGAUGCGCUGGUGGGCGGCGCUCGGCAAGCUGCACAAUCCGCUGUCAAGUUCUUCCGCGGUCUGCUGAGCUUCAGGCUGGAGGGCAUGGAUGACAUGCAGAAGCUGGACGUGGUCAUCAACAGCAACAACGAUGUCCAAAUGGAUCUUCAAAAGCUGAACAAGUUGGUUGAGCAGUUUGCGCCAAUUGCCAAGCUGUCAAGCACCAAGGGCGAUAUCGGUGACCUGGUCGAUUCCGAGUUGAGCAAGGCUGCUGACGCGAUUGCUGCCGCUGCCGCACGUUUGGCUAAGCUGAGAAACAAGCCCCGUGACGGCUACUCGACCUAUGAGCUCAAGGUCAACGACACCAUCCUUGAUGCCGCACUGGCCAUCACGAAUGCCAUUACUCGUCUCAUCAAGGCUGCAACUGUAACACAAAACGAGAUUGUCCAAGCUGGACGCGGCUCUUCGUCGAGGACGGCAUUCUACAAGAAGAACAACAGAUGGACGGAAGGCCUUAUCUCAGCUGCCAAGGCUGUCGCUUCGUCUACCAACACGCUCAUCGAAACGGCAGACGCUGUCAUUUCUAACCGUGCCACCCCUGAGCAGUUGAUUGUGGCAUCCAACGACGUCGCCGCUUCAACCGCACAACUCGUGGCUGCGAGCCGUGUCAAGGCCGGCUUCAUGAGCAAGAGCCAAGAGGGUCUGGAGGACGCCAGCAAGGCUGUGGGUGCUGCCUGCAGAGCACUCGUCAGACAAGUCCAGGCCCUGAUCAAGGAGCGUGGCUCGAACGAAGAGCAGGAGGAUUAUGCCAAGCUCGACUCGCACACCUUCAAGGUCAGAGAGAUGGAGCAACAAGUACAGAUCCUGCAGCUCGAGAAUGCCUUGUCGGCGGCCCGAACGAGGCUUGGUGAGAUGAGGAAGAUUUCCUACAGAGACGAUGAGGAUUAAGCUAGCUUGGUGGAAAUUUAUUGUUUUGAAUUCGUUCCACAGGAAACUUCUUAUUGACUUUACACUUUUGGACUCCAUGGUCUAACAGAUCUCUUACACAGCAACUCAAUGUGCCCCAAAAUGCAAACAUAUCUUUGAAGUGCGCGAGGUCGAAAUCCUGAGGCAACAGGUAUGGGGACUGAUGGUUUUGCCGAUUGUUGCUUUUCCAUUAUCCAUCCCUCCUCCUAUCUUGACAUGAUCACAUGGGAACCUUGUAUCAGUACGUAGUUUCCCC